AUGAGAGAGCGAUGGGACUUAUCGUAUUAUCUAGCGGUGUUCUUCUCGUUGAUGGUACUGUGGCAGUCAAGAUCAAUAGUGCAAUCGUCUGCAUAUGCUUCAGAGGCCUUCAAAAACAACAUCACUCUGUUUACCCGGAUCUUGGACCGCCUUCUGGAUGGCUAUGACAACCGAUUACGACCUGGACUUGGAGAUCGGGUGACGGAGGUGAAGACUGAUAUUUAUGUCACAAGUUUCGGUCCAGUGUCAGACACAGACAUGGAGUACACUGUGGACGUGUUCUUCCGUCAGAGCUGGAUUGACGAGCGGCUGAAGUUCAACGGUCCCAUGAACAUCCUGCGGCUGAACAACCUGAUGGCCAGUAAGAUCUGGACGCCCGACACCUUUUUCCACAACGGGAAGAAAUCUGUGGCUCACAACAUGACCAUGCCCAACAAACUGCUCCGGAUCAUGGAGGAUGGAACACUGCUGUACACUAUGAGGUUAACGGUCCAGGCAGAAUGUCCCAUGCACCUCGAAGAUUUCCCCAUGGAUUCCCACUCCUGUCCACUGAAGUUUGGCAGCUAUGCCUACACAAUGGCCGAGGUGACGUACAUUUGGACCCGAAACGCAUCGGCGUCAGUGGAGGUAGCACUAGAUGGAUCCAGACUGAACCAGUAUCACCUUCAGGGACAAACUGUGGGGACAGAGACCAUUAAAUCAAGCACUGGUGAAUACACUGUCAUGACGGCCCACUUCCACCUGAAGAGGAAGAUUGGCUACUUUGUGAUCCAGACCUACCUGCCCUGCAUCAUGACCGUCAUCCUCUCCCAGGUCUCCUUCUGGCUCAACCGAGAGUCUGUACCCGCCAGAACUGUCUUUGGUGUGACCACUGUGCUCACUAUGACGACUCUCAGUAUCAGUGCCCGUAACUCUCUGCCGAAGGUGGCCUACGCCACGGCCAUGGAUUGGUUCAUUGCAGUGUGCUACGCCUUCGUGUUCUCUGCCCUCAUCGAGUUUGCUACCGUCAACUACUUCACCAAAAGAGGCUGGGCCUGGGAUGGCAAAAGUGUGGUCAACGUCAAGCAGAAGAAGGAGGCGUCCACCAUGAAGAAGAACAACGCCUAUGCCGUUGCUGUGGCAAACUAUGCCCCGAACGUCACCAAGGACCAAAGUGGUCUGCCCACCAUCUCCAAGAGCGCCACCUCUGACCCCAACAAGGCCAAGCCAGAGGUCAAGCCAGAGGUCAAGCCAGAGCAGAACAAGAAGACCUUCAACAGCGUCAGCAAAAUUGACCGUAUGUCCCGGAUUAUGUUCCCCGUGCUCUUCGGUGGUUUCAACCUGGUCUACUGGGCCACCUACCUGAACAGAGAACCAGUCAUAAAGGACAUGGUCCCGUCCAAAUGA